CUCUUACGUCAUGGCCGCUGGGAUAUAAGGCUUGCAACAGACAGCCCGGGAUGGAAUCCCAAAGAGUCCUCAUGAGCUCGCCCUGCAGGAUGGCCACCAGUAACGACACUGCCACAGACCCCCUCGUGGCUGCCAUCGACCAGGGAACAAGUUCCACACGCUUCUUGGUGUUUAAUGCCCGCACUGCGGAGGUCGUAUGUCAUCAUCAGGUGGAGAUCAAGCAGAGAUUCCCAAAGGAGGGAUGGGUAGAGCAGGAUGCGAUGGAGAUUCUUCAGUCGGUGUGCGAGUGUGUGGAACGCACCUGUGAGCAGCUCACACAACUAGACAUCCCCACCACACGCAUUAAAGCGAUAGGAGUGACCAACCAGAGGGAGACUACGCUGGUGUGGGACAAGCUGACAGGCCAGCCUCUCUACAACGCCAUUGUCUGGUUGGACCUGCGUACUCAGUCUACAGUGGAGAGGCUCAUCAGCCAAACUCCAAACAAGAACAAGAAUCACCUACAGAAUCUGACAGGAUUACCCAUAAGUCCCUACUUCAGUGCUGUGAAGCUUCGCUGGCUACUCGACAACGUGGACGCGGUUUCCGCAGCAACACACAAACACACCGCCCUGUUCGGAACCAUCGACUCCUGGCUCAUUUGGUGUUUAACAGGGGGUAAGAAUGGAGGUAUUCACUGUACGGACGUCAGUAAUGCCAGCAGAACGCUUCUCUUCAACAUACACACACUACAGUGGGACACACAGCUAUGCAGUUUUUUUGACAUUCCGAUGGAGAUGUUACCAGAAGUCAGAAGUUCCUCUGAAAUCUACGGCUACACGAGCUCUGGCCCUCUUGCUGGUGUUCCCAUAUCAGGGUGUUUAGGGGAUCAGUCAGCUGCUCUGGUGGGUCAGAUGUGUUUACAGGAAGGACAAGCCAAGAACACGUAUGGAACAGGCUGCUUUCUUCUGAAGAACACUGGGACAAAGGUGGUGGUGUCUAAUCAUGGCUUGUUGACUACGGUGGCGUAUCAGUUGGGGAAAAACCAGCCAGCGCACUACGCACUGGAGGGUUCAGUUGCCAUAGCGGGGGCAGUGGUCAGAUGGCUGAAGGACAACAUGGGAAUCAUCAAGUCGUCAGCUGAGAUAGAGCGUCUGGCGUCUGAGGUGGGGACGUCUUACGGCUGCUACUUCGUUCCAGCGUUUUCUGGACUUUAUGCCCCCUAUUGGGAACCCAGCGCACGCGGGAUCAUCUGUGGUCUGACACAGUUCACUAAUCGUCAUCAUUUGGCCUUCGCUGCUCUGGAGGCCGUCUGCUUCCAAACACGAGAGAUUGUGGAUGCUAUCAAUCAAGACUCUGGUGACUCUCUGCUCCGCCUGCAGGUUGAUGGUGGGAUGACAGGAAAUAAACUGCUCAUGCAGCUGCAAGCAGAUCUGCUGUGUAUACCUGUGGUGCGCCCGUGUAUGUCUGAGACGACGGCGCUAGGUGUAGCCAUGGCAGCCGGGAUGGCUGAGGGGGUGUGUGUCUGGAACCCUGAUGUCAAGCAAACACUGAACACCGAGACAUACACACCCGCGAUACACCCGCAAGAUAGUGAAUAUCGCUACAGCCGUUGGAAAGCUGCUGUUCAGAGAGCCAUGAACUGGGAGACCACGGACACACACACACCAGACGAGCCCUGAUGAGCUGUGAUCCUGAAGACGAGAAGACACACACAAACACAAACACACACACACUAAUGAGGGAGGCCAGUGCUGUGUGGCCAGAUCUUGUUUAAGCACAAAAUUAAAGUUGUUAAAUUGUACGGAUGUUGAUUACUGCGGAAGUUUAAGUUGUUAAGUUGUACCGGUGUUGAUUACUGCGUAAGGACUGCUUUUAAUUACUGAGUAAUUGGCGGUAUGUUUUAUUACUAAAGAUGAAUGUUUAGAGCUGAUGAAGAUGAUGACGAC